UCUUUGGAUUCUUUUCCUUAACGGUAACCAACUCUCCAAACACACCAACACAACAUUCACUCACACACACCCAAUUCUUAACGUUUACCCAACACAACACAUCAACAAGUGUGUGUGCCUCUGACUCUGACCCUUUGCCUACGCUUUCUUUUCUCCUACCCCAUUUUCCUUCCCUAUAUUUCAGCCAAACCAAACACCGAAAACAAAGACAGUGAACUAAAACUUGCAUUUCAAAUACCGAAAAUGCCCGCAGUUCACUCUUUCUCUAAACCGGCUGCUGAACCGCGAACCGGAAUCGAAGAGGCCGCGAAACGCAAGAAGGAGAAGGAGAACCUGCAGAAAAAUCCGCAACAACAACAACAACAACAACGUCUGAGAAAGCAGGUAGUGCAGGAAAUCUCUGACUCCAUUGUUGUACGAUGUAACAACGUGUCUUUGGACAGCACGUGCUCCUCGGAUUCAUGUUCCAGUAAGUCCAUGUCGGUCAAAAAAGUCAACUCAACAACAAAGACCUCAAAUGCAAGUGCAACUAGUAGGAGGAGGAACGCGAGGUGCACUGGGUUUAAGCCGGCGAGGGUUGUGCCGGAUGCAGCUGCAGUGUCUCCGCCUUCCAACGCCUCAGCACCGCCCAAGAAGUGUGAUUGGAUCACACCUAAUUCCGACCCACUGUAUAGUGCUUUCCAUGAUGAAGAAUGGGGUGUUCCAGUCGUCCAUGAUGAUAGAAAGCUAUUUGAGCUUCUAGUCUUCUCACAAGCAUUAGCAGAACACACUUGGCCAUCAAUUCUUAGCCACAGAGACAUGUUCAGGCAUCUUUUUGAAAACUUUGCUCCAUCGUCAAUUGCUCAGUUUACUGAGAAGGAGUUGCUAACACCGAAAAUAAACGGCAAGCCAUUGUUAUCAGAACCAAAGCUCCGCGCCAUUGUCGAAAAUGCUAAACAAUUACUUAAGGUCCAGCAGGAGUUUGGUUCAUUCAGCAAUUAUUGCUGGAGAUUUGUUAGCCACAAACCAAUAAGAAAUGAAUUUCGGUAUGGACGACAAGUACCUGUGAAGACUCCAAAAGCAGAACUCAUUAGCAAGGACAUGAUGCGGAGGGGUUUCCAAUGUGUGGGACCAACGGUAGUUUAUUCAUUCAUGCAAGUAGCAGGACUCGUAAAUGAUCACCUAGUAACAUGUUUCAGGUUCCAUGAAUGCAGCAAUGUGACUCUCAAAAACGAAUUCAAAACAGAGGUUAAGGAGAAAAAGGUAGAAAAUGAAACUGUGAAUUUGACAAAGAUUCAGUGACUCAACUGGAGGAGAGGUUCCAAGACAUGGGGUCUCCAUUGUGCUACUAUCUCUUAAUAUACUUUAGGCUACAAGCUCAUUGUUUCUUAAUCUGUGUGUAUGUUAAUGCCACCUAACCUAACCAUAAAAUAAUAGGUCUUAUCUUGUUCUUUGAAGCUCCCACGUGAAGCUGCAUGUUUCUUUUGGGACACUUAUUGUUAAGUUGCUGUUUCUCUAUUCUGUAAUACAUUUCCCACUUUAUCAUA